AUGCUAACCAAAAAUAUCAUGCGAUCCCAUCCAAAACAUUGUUAUUUUGAACAUUUUGCAGCUAAUAAUGGCGAUUAUGAUGAAUUAGAAAGCGAAAUGGAUGGCGCCGAAAAGCAUGCGACAUUAAUAUCAGCGGAGAAUAUAUUUUAUUUGGUGAUUGGAUGUGUAGGCGCAAUUGUUCUGGUUAUUGCUCUUCUGAUCUUUGUUUAUUAUCGUUCGAUUAAAAAAUCAUCUCCUUCUGUUACUGUACCACUUCAACUUUGGAUUCCAAAAUCUGAAAAACUAACGAGGAAAACAUCAGCUAUCAUGUCUGAAACACAUCCUUUGAUAUUUAAAAAUGCCACAAAAGCUGCCGGUUAUGCUGAUCCUGAUAAGCCAUGUUCAUCCUUAGUCUUCAAGCCUAGCAUUGUUCCCGUAAUAAUUUAUGAGAAGUCACAAGUAAUCGAUAUGAAGAAAGCAUAUAUGAAAUUAUGUGUUGAUCGAAAUUUUUUUGAGAUUCUCUCGAUAGAGGAGCUUGAAGGUACGUUCGGAGAGAUGAAAUGGGCGAUCUGGAAGAGAAAUAUGGCAGAUUUUAUUGGUGACAUAGAUGAUCAAGAAGAUAAUGUACGUUUCGAGGAACGGGUGAUUCUAAAGAGAUUGAAACUCACAGCUGAUAAAAGACAUCUCGAGAAAUUUCUGCAAGAAGCGCUAGCAUUCUUCAAUGUAGGACAACAUGAGAAUUUGGCGCAAGUAGCAGCAAUAGCAUCAUCGUUCGACGAUUUAAAUGAUCCGGAAAAAAGAAUCGAUUUUCCGCUUAUAUGUUAUUCACAUGAGGGCUUUGGAAAUUUGAAGAAAUUUCUCAUUAGCUGCCGAAAUGGCCAAACAAAUGCUCAAUUUAAAAAUUCGAACAGCAGCGGAAUACAGACGCUUGGUGCGCACGAGCUCGUUUCGAUGGCCUUACAAAUAUUGAGUGCUGUAAUACAUUUGCAUAAUUUCGGCAUUAUUCAUAAAGACAUUGCAACAAGAAACUGUCUGGUAUCCAAAGGUCAUAAUCGCGGUGAUCUGUUUGUGCAAAUUUGUGAUUCCGCUUUAAGUAAAGACUUCUUCCCCGAUGAUUAUCAUUGUCUGGGUGAUAACGAGAAUAGACCGAUGAAAUGGAUGGCGCAUGAAUCAUUGGUUCAGAAUUCGUUCAAUAGUUCUACAGAUGUAUGGUCAUUCGGUGUAACACUAUGGGAAUUGUUAAGUUGUGGGCAGCAACCCUAUCCGGAUAUUGAUCCCGACGAGAUGGCUACAGUUUUGGAACGUGGAAAACGAUUGUCUCAACCAUACAGUUGUCCAGAUGAAUUGUAUGGACUAAUGUAUUGCUGUUGGCAGCUCGAUUAUCGAGAUCGUCCCACUACUCAACAACUUCUCAUUGUCCUACAGGAAUUUAACCAGCAGCUUCUACAAUAUAUCUGA